GUGAAAACAAAGUUGGAUUUCAAACGUCACUGUCAUGAUAUUAAAGUCCACACAUUAUCAAUCAUUUUAAAAGGAAAUUAAACAACUUUUCUUCCACCAUGAGUCUGGGAAAACUGCCAGGGAUUAAAGGCCUUGUGCCCGGAUCUCAGGGGAAACGUCGCUUCAAGAGUGAUCUCUCAGUGGACAUGAUUAGCCCCCCGCUUGGGGACUUCCGACACACCAUGCAUGUGGGCCGCGGAGGAGACGUUUUUGGUGACACUUCCUUCCUGAGCAACUAUGGAGGCAUCCGGGAGCCUGGAAGUCCGGACUCAGCGAGCAGCUCCAAGUCAACCGGCUUCUUCACACGUACUUUUCGCCAUGUACGGAGGACCUCUGGGCCUCAGCCUCGAGGAGGUUCCCGGGAUUUGUCAUCCCCUCCUCCGGACAUCUCACCCAUCAUUAAAAAUGCCAUCUCUUUGCCUCAGCUCAACAUAGAUUCUGUCAAUGGUUGCAGACAGAGGGCACUGUUCCCCAACUCCAUGAGCUCAGCAGAUGACUCCUUCUGCACAUAUGGUGUGCAGUCUGGAUUCGUCACUCUGCCUCGACUCUCUCGAAUUGACAGACAGCUUCAAGAUGGCACCAUAUGGAAACCAUCUUCAGCAGACAAUGGUUGCAGCACCUUGACCCGCUCUGACUCCCUGGCCUCUUUCACUGUUGACCUUGGUCCAUCUCUAAUGACUGAAGUGUUUGCUUUAAUUGAUAACCCCAGCUCUGUACAGAUAUUCAAUCAUAGCCAGGAGACAGCUGAGGAGGACCAGGGAGAGGAAGAGGACAAAGGUGACAACAACUCUUUGACUGAGACACCUGUUCAGACACCGACAGUGUGCUCCCCCAACCCUUCCCUGUGCAGCGGGUCUCUUAGCCCCAGAUUGAAUGGAAGAAAUAACUCUGAGAUGAGAGCGCCUAAAGAAGACAGAGGGUCUGUGAGGACGCCUGAUGCCUCCUCCUGUUCGUCUCACAAGGAGUCAGUAAUAGAGGCAGAGAGGUUCCAGAGAGCGACUAAUGUCCUCGCUCGGCAUUAUGGUGGAGGAUCCUUUACAGAAGGAAUGAGAAUCAACAAAAAAACAUCUUUUUCUUUAUCUGAGGAGGAGGAGGAGAUCAAAGUGUAAACAUUAGGAAUUGAGACGGUUUAAAGUCAAAAUGGGAAAAUACUUCCUUGUCUUGAAACCUUUUUGCUCCUUUACUCGAACUUUUUAUGUUCAACAAAACUGACUGUCCAUUUUCUAAAGAAAAUUAGAUUUAUUUUCUGUCACAAAACUUAACCAACCUGUUUUUCUAUAACUUUAGCUAAUAUAUAUCAACUAACACUAUGUAAGUAAUACGGUAACAAAGCACAUGGUUUUGUAAAUGUUUGUAAAAUAGUUUUGGAAACAUGUAUAAGGUUAAUAAUGUUUAUACUGAUGUGUAAACCUUAUAAAUAACAUUAUAGUAUUCUUAUGUGUACUUUGCUUCAGGUUCCUGUAAACUGUAUAUUGAGCGAUGUUGGAUUUUCUCCUGUAAAAAGUUUUAAUUCCCACCUGUAAAAUACUAAUUUUUAAACAGAGCUUAAUCAAUGUA